AUGAAGGAAAAUCAGGAUACAGCAAAUUUUUACUCUGAAAGUUUCACGAUGGGGACGGAUCACCUGACAUUGAAAAGUAAAGAAAUAUAUGUGCCAGAUAAUUGUAGAAUCAAUUUUGAUCCUCCAGCAUUUGAGGAAAAAGUCAAAGAUGAGAACGGUAAGGAUAUUGUUGCCGUUACAAGUGAUAAUGAAAGUGGAACCAUAGAUUCUCCAAGAAAGGAUGAUCAAGGUAGACUCUUAGAUAAUUUAAGAGGUUGGGAGAGAGAUUACGACCAAUCAUCUCAAGUCACACAUGAGAAAGAGAGCAGAAGCCAGAUUAGUAUAAAGCACGAGAGUUUAGUGACAGUUAAGGACUUUACUCUUUGUAAUGAAGAUGAAUAUUCUAUUUCUCAACGAGGGGCUUCUGGUUUGUCUGAGCCAGUUAGAGAUGUUUUCACCGAUAAGAAUGUAUUGGAAUAUGAACUGCUUGAGUUGGAGGUUAUGAAGGACAUAUGGGUUGAUAACGAGAAAAUUAAAGGAGCUUUGUCUAUUGAGGUUGAUAACAGCUGUGUUGCUAGUCAAUGUGAGGCCAAAGAAGAUAAUGAUGGAAAAUCUCUUGAUCAUGAAAGCCUUAAAUCUUCCUCAUUUGGCUUGUCUGGAGAAGGUACUGCCAAGAAUUAUGAUCCACUGGGAUUACUUCAGAUAGCCGGGGAAAAGUUUGCCUCGACAAAUAAUCCAGAAGAGGACUCAGCCGCCGAUGAGAAAUUUCCAAUUCAAGAGUAUGGAACUCGCGAUUCUCUAAGAUCUUUGCUCGAUUCUUUAGAUGGCGAGGGGAACAAACCAACUCAGCUGCCUGAUCAGGUACCUAUUCAAAAAUCCGUUCCUGAUGUUCCAAAUGAAUUAUCCUCAGAAGAUGGAAAACCGGAUGAAGAAGGGCAACCCAAAAACAUGUUGCAGGACAUUAAUGUCGAAACCAGAAUCAUAACUUCCAAUUUCUCAGAUGCUGAGAUGGUACAAUGCACCAGCAGCAGCACAUCACUUCCCCACCAACAGUCUCCUACCGUCGAGGAUAAGAAUCCCGACUUCUUAUCUGCCAAUAGCAAAAUCCAUCCUGUUUGCAGCAAAAUCGGUUCUGAAAAAAAUGCUUGUGAACAACACAAGGAGGGUAAUUCUGAUGAUUCUUGCCCAGAGGGGCAUGUUCAGUUUUCAGGUGACAAGAGCCAUAGCCCAGCGAAUGAUAAUGCGCCAGCUGUCAAGCCAGACGAAGAAAAGCAGGAACAUGGGGAGACGAGUAAUGGUGAUACGCCAGCUGACCAGUUGCAGUACGAACAGGGGGAGACGAGUUUCUCUGCGGUUACAUAUUCAGGGCCAAUAGCACUCUCUGGGAGCCUCUCUCACCGAUCAGAUGCCAGCACAACCAGCACACGAUCUUUUGCUUUCCCAAUAUUGCAGCCCGAGUGGAAUAGCAGUCCGGGGAUUGAUGGAGACGAAGAAAAUGGGAUUCGAUGGAGAGGGGGAAAGUGGGCUCAAUUCUUGAAGAUGGACACCGGCGGCAGAGGCGAAAGUCUAUCUCGAUUCUCGAAGGUGGAGGUCAUUAUCGAUUCUCGAAGGCGGAAGCUGGGGGCGGAGGACGAAGGCAAGGUCGGUCUCGAUUAUCGAAGGCGUCAACAGAGGUUUGGAUGA